CUCUCCAAACCGUGUUUACCACCUUGAUAUCUCUUUCAUGGAUUUUCCGCCACGAAAAUCAGAUAUGUGCAGCCAAGUGCGCGUGGACGGCAGUGUGCAAUCUCGGGUUUUUCGAUAUCUGACUAGCCGCUGGCCUUUUUCUCAUGGCACAGCUGAUUGCAUGUGCAUAUAUAAGAACUCAGGACGAGCCAGAGUUCAGGCCGGGUUUCAUUGACUUGGCCUCCCCUGUACAUCAUGUCUGCUCAAUCAACUCCAUCUGAGUUGCGCAAACGCUCCCCCUCAUCUUCACCCAGUGGCCGGUCUCAAAAGGAUCGAUCAUUAGAUUCGACGAGACAACUCAAACCAAGUUAUCGGCCGAAUAAUGCACUCAGGAUGACUGCCAUCCGAGUGGUGGUCGCAGGUUUACUGGGUUUCUUCGGUUUGCGAGCCGCUCAGAAAUGGGGCAGGAGCGAGGUGCCAGAUGCUUACGCUCUAUGUUCCCCCGAGGGAAAGAUAUUUACUGUAGACGAAGCUAAUCCCGAAGUUGAGUGUAUGGUCAUUCACGGGUCUCACUUCUCAGACGUUGGGUCGCUCGCGGAUAUCCGUCUCCGUUGGACUGCUAUCCCGGUGCGCUUUAUCCAAUCCGGGGCUGUUGUGGUACCAGGAAUAAGUGAUUCUCAUGUGCACAUCCUCGAGUAUGGCGCCACGAUACAAUUGCCAUUAGAGGGUCCCAAAAGCGUUAAGGAAACCGUGCAAGUGGUUAGGAACUACAUUCUCUCUGACCCUGACGUUCGUCACAAUAAGUCCACCUUUGUUGAGGGUUGGGGUUGGGACCACACACAAUGGCUACUAGAGCAAUGGCCUACUUCGGAAGACCUAGAAAAUGAUCCUGUUGUUAGAGGACGACCUAUCGUUCUCCAAAGUAAAGAUGGACAUGCCAUAUGGGUGAGCAAGAAGAUCCUGGAUGACAUCGAGUUCAUUCCCGAAGAAAUCGAAGGGGGAACGAUCUUCCGGGAUUCGAACGGUAACCCAACAGGGGUAUUCAUGGACAGUGCACAGUCGUUGGUAAAUGCCCCUGAGCCUACUCACGACCAGAUGGAAAAACGCUUCGGACUCGCCGUUCGCGAUGCACAUAAAGUCGGUUUAACCGCCCUUCACGACGCUGGUUUCAAUCCUCGUUCUCUGGCUUUCUUCAAGAAGCAGGCCGAGGAAGACAAGUUGCCGAUACGAGUUUAUGGUAUGACCUAUUUCAACGAGUCGGCUGAGUAUUGGGGCAACAGCGUCGAGAAGGUUAUUGGGGCUGGAAAUAACCGACUUAGCGCACGAAGUGUGAAAAUCUUUGCGGACGGUGCCUUGAGGUCCGGGGGUGCUGCUCUUUAUGAACCUUACUCGGACAAUCCUGAGACUCGUGGAUUCCUUCGCAUUGAUCCGGAGUUGCUCAACAAGGUUAUUCCCCGAUUCCUUCGUGAUGGGUGGCAAGUUAACGUGCACGCAAUCGGUGAUCGGGCAAACGGCGUAGUGUUGGAUGCCUUCGAGGCGGCGUUGAAGGAUGCCAAUGUCAGCGCUUUGCGCCCAAGACUGGAACAUGCUCAAAUUCUUGCCAAGAAGGACAUGGCACGGUUUGGAGACCUAGGCAUCAUUGCCAGUAUCCAACCUACUCAUGCUAUCAGCGACAUGUGGUUCGGGGAGGAUCGCCUUGGCCCUGAACGCGUAAAAGGAUUGUAUGCAUUCCGCAGUAUUAUCGACCACGGCGGACGUAUUGCGUUGGGUUCAGACUUCCCAGUGGAAGACAUGAACCCUCUUGCUGGCUUCUAUGCCGCAAUUACCAGACUGUCUCCGGACGGGAAGUCCCCUCAUGGACCCGGUGGAUGGUUUCCCGAACAGCGAAUGACUCGCCAGGAGGCACUGAAGGGCAAGUUGCCAGUAUAUAUGGUUUCAGAAGUUGAGAAGCUGAGAUGUUCAUUUGCAGGCAUGACUCUCGAUCCGGCCUACGCCUCCUUCUCCGACGACCAACUUGGUACCAUUACGCCUGGGAAACGUGCGGACUAUGUCGUUCUAUCGAAAGAUAUCAUGACAAUUCCUGCGGGCAAGCUUUUGGAGACAAAAGUGUUGGCCACGGUGAUAGAUGGGCGCCCGGUCUAUGGCAAGAUCUAAUGGAAUUUACGAAGUAAAUAGAGUUGCGCCUCGAGUUGCUUCGGCAAAUUACUGGCACCCUCCACGAUGUGGUUUGGUUAUUGAUGUUUUGCAUGGCUGAUGCUGGUCUUCUUGAAACUCGCAUGAAUGUAAAUCUUGCUUGUUCAAUGUUAUCUGUAGUAUACACUAUUAUAUUCUAUCAUCUUAUCUUCAUCUCUACCCUCCGAGUUCUUGUUGUCCCGAGACCCACUUUUUGAUCCAUAGAAUGAAAUCGACGCGCGUU